GGCUACUGCUUGAAAAUGGUGAUGUUUGGUAAUGCUGCUGCCUCUGCAAACUGGGUGCUCCAGAGGGGCCUGUGGGGACUGAUGCUGCUCUUGUCUGUAGUCAUAUAUGGCUCUCAUGCCCCUCUCCUGACCCAGUGUAAGGUGGAUGGGGUGAUCCCCUUCAGCUCCACGUCUGUGGUGGUUCUUGUCGAGCUGACAAAGCUGGUGUUCUCCUUCCUGUUCCUGCUGACCUGGGACCGGGAGCUGCUGGGAGUCGCUGUGUCGUGGCACCACGUUGCCCCAUUUGCCCUCUCUGCCCUGCUCUAUGCUGCCAACAACAACCUGGUAGUUCACAUGCAGCUCUUCAUGGAUCCCAGCACCUACCAGAUCUUGAGUAACUUAAAGAUCGUCAGCACCGCACUCCUCUACAGCCUCUUCCUACGCCAAAGACUCAGCAUGCGCCAGUGGCUGGCUCUUCUGCUGCUAGUGGCUGCCGGAGUGAGCUACAGCUGUGGGGGCCUGCAGGACCCUGGCAGCCCCUCCGAGAUGAAGCUGCACAUCACACUGGUGGGCUUGGUGCUGAUCUCGGUGUACUGCCUGAUAUCAGGCUUGUCUGCUGUCUACACAGAAGCCAUCCUGAAGACCCAGGCGCUGCCUCUCAGCCUGCAGAACCUCUUCCUUUACUUCUUUGGGGUCCUGCUCAACUUGAUCGGCUACUUCUGGAGCAGCACAGAGGACGGUUUCUUGGAGGGCUUCUCCUCCUGGGUGCUGGUGAUCGUGGUCAGUCAGGCUUUGAAUGGCUUGAUCAUGUCUGUGGUGAUGAAGCACAGCAGUAACAUCACCAGGCUCUUCAUCAUCUCCUGCUCUAUCCUGGUCAAUGCCCUCCUGUCUGUCACCCUCUUCAAUCUGCAGCUCACUCUCCUCUUCUUCAUUGCUGUCUUGUGCAUCGGCCUCGCUGUUCACUUGUACUAUGGGCUCACGUAGCUGCUGCCUUCCUGCCCUGCAUGUGCCGGGGCAGCCUUUGGUUGUUCCUCAGGGGUGUUUGGUGCUGGUGCUGAAAGCACAGCAGUGCUCUGCCCAUCGGCCUCCUAGCCCUUGUGAUUGUGGGGAGUCACUACUGGUGGGUGCAUGCACAAGAGUGCUGAGGAUGAGAGUGCUCUGUCCCUGUUCCAGAGGGAAAGCUGUGCCCUGCUCCAGCUCUGUGCCUUGGGAUUCCUGUGCAGUCAUGCCCAGCCUCAAGGGUCCUGAGCCUCUGGUUUGUCUGGUAUCUUGUGUUCUAAAGCUGUUUCCCCAGUGUAUCCAUCUCUUGUGCCUGUACUCCUGCAGCAGUUAGCUCUGCUGUGGGCUGCCAGACCAGCGUUGGUCUGAUGCUGUUCCAGCUCCUGUGGAUGGUGCUAAUGCCAAUCAUCAGCAUAAAGCUUCCUGCAGAGCCUCACAGUGUCUGGGGGCAUCUCCCACCUCUUUCUCCAGCCCCUGGCUGAAGGGCUGCUGUCCUUAGGCUCCAUUUCUCCUCCUCAAGUGUGGUGUUGCUGCUCUCUAUGGAGCUGUUGGGGAAUGGGGGGAUGUGGGAACUGUGUCCCUUGCAUCCCAAAAGGGAGACAGCACCCAAAUUUGUACUGAUGCUGUAGCUAGUGAUUUCCUGGCAUGCAGAAGUCACUGCUGGCUCUGGCUGGGGUUAUUAAAGUUGUGGUACAACAGCA